UCAAGAAACAAACGACUUUCGAGUCAGUCGAGGAGAUAACUGUUCUAUGCGCGGCGAUGGAAGCAAAGCAGCCGAAUCCGCCAUUUCCUAUCUCCAAUGCUCCAACUCUCACGACAAAGCUUACCCAUUUCCUCGUAUCCUCCAACCUUAUCCCUAUUCUAAUGACGAAGGUUAAAAGCUCAUGCCGUCCACAUUCAAAACCCUAGAUUUUUCCCAAGCAUCAUUUCGCUCGCACAAUGCUGCUAGGACUGGACCUCAGCUUUAGCAACUCUCACUCUAGUACUCCAAAUUUGUUUUGUUAUAUAAAUUCCAAUCUGAGCGUAUUUGUUAGCGGCGGGUUGUUUCUGGAACCCACAAUUCCUUCUUCAUUCGUUAACUUAAUUUCGUCCACAAGUUCUUCGAUUAGCGUAUCGGGCUCGGCUUCUUCUUGUACUUGUAGUCGAAAACCGGUGGUUUUGAGGAGAGAGAAGAGCGUUGGGUUUUUGACGGUGAGCUUAAAGAGUGAUGGGUUUGUUCGGGAAUCGAAGGUGUAUUUGGUGCAAAACAGAGAGGAGGGGUCCGAGAAGGCGACGACGCGCGAGGAAGGUGACGCGGUUGUUGAGCGAGGAGAGAAACAGAAGGUUAGGUUACGGGGAGGUCGUGCCAUGAACACUACCAAGCAUCUCUGGUCAGGUGCUAUAGCCGCCAUGGUCUCCAGAACCUUUGUUGCCCCACUUGAGAGACUGAAGCUGGAAUAUAUAGUUCGUGGUGAACAGAAGCAUCUUUUUGAACUCAUUAAGACUAUUGCAGCUUCUCAGGGUCUCAGAGGAUUUUGGAAGGGGAAUUUUGUCAACAUUCUUCGUACAGCUCCAUUUAAGGCAGUUAAUUUCUAUGCUUAUGAUACAUACAGAAAACAGUUGCUCAAAUUGUCAGCCAAUGAGGAAACUACGAACUUUGAGAGGUUUAUUGCUGGUGCUGCUGCUGGAAUUACUGCUACUGUCCUCUGUUUGCCACUUGAUACGAUCCGGACCAAGAUGGUUGCACCUGGUGGGGAAGCCUUGGGUGGUGUUAUUGGUGCUUUCCGCCACAUGAUACAGACCGAAGGAUUCUUUUCUCUUUACAAGGGCUUAGUACCUUCCAUUAUAAGUAUGGCUCCUUCAGGAGCAGUUUUCUAUAGUGUGUAUGAUAUACUGAAAUCAGCAUAUCUGCAUUCACCAGAAGGAAAGAAGAGAAUUCAUAAUAUGAGCCAGCAAGGGCAGGAACUGAAUGCUUUUGAUCAGCUUGAGUUGGGACCAGCUAGGACCUUACUAUAUGGGGCUAUUGCUGGUGCUUGUGCAGAAGCGGCAACGUAUCCAUUUGAAGUUGUGAGGAGGCGGCUUCAAUUGCAAGUCCGGUCAACCAAAUUGGGUGCUUUGGCAACAUGUGUGAAGAUAGUUGAGCAGGGAGGAAUCCCAGCUCUCUAUGUGGGACUCAUUCCCAGUUUGCUACAGGUACUUCCUUCAGCUUCAAUAAGUUAUUUUGUCUAUGAAUUCAUGAAGAUUGUUCUCAAAGUGGAAUGAACAGUAAUGAUGGAUCCUCUAGUAGAAUUUAUUGGAGGUUGUACAGUGACUCGACGAUGAGCACCGGAUAAAAUUUGAAUUGGUAAGAGUUAUCGUUGCCACACACAGUAGAGGCAAAGACUGCUCUGCCCUCACCACCCGGUUCCAUUCAUUCAUGCUGUCUAUACUUUUGAAUUGCAAGAUGAAAAUAAAAAACUUCCACAACACCUCAGCCUUCUGAUUACUUCUUUUUUAUUUUUUAUUUUAUUGAUAACUGUGAUAUCUGGAGCUUCGCCCCGACCAUAUCUCUGGGACACCAUGUAAAGCGCCCCCUCCAUACGGUCGUGUGGCCACAUUUGCUAAUCUUUUGGUUUUUGAUAAAUUGUUGCUUCAGUAAUCCCAUAUGCACAAGAUUCUUCUUCCCUUUCCUAAACUAAGGAAAAGCUACGAUUCUUCUUCCCUUUCCGAAUCGGUUUCUGCAGUGUUUGACCUGCAACAACGUGGUUGUUGCCUUUACUGCAUCGGACUCUUUAUCGAGUUUCUUUGCUAUUUGUAACCGCCUUGUGCGGCCCUGGAAAAGGCCCGGCUUGUAUGCCAUUGCCUGUUGUUUGGUCCUUUUGGACCAGAUCCAGAUUUCGUUCUUGAAUUUGUACUGCAUUUACUUUUUGGGCUGUGUUGUUGGGGUGGCCACCCCUUUUGAGGUCAAUUAGUCAGUCCUGUAACCCG